AUGAGCAACGACGACGACGUUCAGAUGGACUCUGCUUUCAGCUCGAGCUUGAAGGGCAAGGGAAAAGCGACCGUGGACCAUGAUCAUCCAUACGACAACGAGAAUCUUCCUUGGGUAGAGAAGUAUCGCCCUGUCACUCUCGACGACGUCGUGUCGCAUAAGGAGAUUACGGGUACCAUCGAGAAUUUCAUUGCAAAGAAUCGACUUCCUCACUUGCUCUUUUACGGACCACCUGGCACAGGAAAGACUUCCACUAUUCUUGCUGUGGCUAGACGAAUAUACGGCCCCCAAUACCGAAACCAAAUCCUUGAGCUAAAUGCGUCUGAUGAUCGAGGAAUCGAUGUCGUCCGCGAGCAGAUCAAGCAGUUCGCCGAGACGCGAACGCUCUUCUCAAAGGGCUUCAAACUCAUUGUCCUCGACGAAGCCGACAUGAUGACGCAGCAGGCGCAAGCUGCUCUUCGACGGGUCAUCGAGCAGUACACGAAGAAUGUACGGUUCUGCAUAAUAUGCAAUUACGUGAAUAAGAUUGCUCCGGCUAUCCAAAGUCGAUGUACGAGGUUUCGCUUCUCCCCUUUGCCAAUGAAAGAGGUGGAGAAGAGGCUUGAUACCGUUGUAGAGGCGGAGAAGGUGAAUUUGACGGCGGAUGGAAAGGAAGCACUGUUGAAACUCUCAAAGGGCGAUAUGCGACGCGCUUUGAACGUCCUCCAGGCGUGUCACGCAGCCUACGAUGUGACGAACGAGACAGCUGUAUACAAUUGCACAGGAAGUCCACAUCCAUCUGACAUUGAAACUAUCAUCAAUGCAAUGCUGUCCGAGGAGUUUACAACAGCUUACACUAUGCUGUCUUCCAUCAAAACGGAAAAGGGGCUGGCUCUUCAAGACCUGCUGGCCGGCGCGUACGAAUACGUCGAAACGCUUGAAUUAAAGCCUCAAGCCCGUGUCUACCUGCUAGAUCAUCUUGCGACAACUGAGCAUCGACUGUCCACAGGAGGCAAUGAAAAGAUACAGAUGACUUCGUUGUUAGGAGCCUUCAAGAAUGCUGUGGAGUUAACGGCGUAA